ACGAUUUGGCUUCUGUGGCUAAAUGCGACAUGAUCUUGCUCAAUUAUGAUGGCACUGAAAUAUGCGCUGGUUGUGUUGUAGAACAGCAGUUUGCUCGUGAUUUGGAUAAACCAGCGGUUGUAGUUCGAACCGAUUUUCGUCGUAGUGGUGACUGUGACAUUCCAUACAAUCUAAUGGCUGGAUACAAUCCAAGAACUGAACUUGUAAUAAUCCAUUCCAUGUAUGAACUUAAAAAAGCAGACGAACAAGUUGACAGUAAUCUUUCGAUGCUCGAUCGAAAUAAGAAAAUUCAAUUAUUAAUGGCUGAUUCAGUUGCAAGUCAGAUUACAUUAGCGCUGGAUAAAGUGGCUGUAACCAAGUCAAUUAUGCCUAUUGAACAUCGAGAAAUAAUCCAGGAAUGGGCAAUCAAAAAAUUAGAAAUCGGACCCAGAUAUGCAGCAGAAAUACUUGCUAGUUUGAAAGAACAAAAUAGUCGUGUACAUCAUCCUCAAAUACU